GAUGUACGCCCGCAGUCAAAUUGUAUCUGUGUCAUAGUUAUUUCGAAGUAGUAUUUUUUAAACGUGAACAGACUAUACCAUUUACAGCGGCUUUUAUGAUUUUUUUUGUCCCAAAAUUGAAUUUUGAUAAUUUUGCAGUUACUGAUGGAACAUGCAGAGUUUUUAAUAGGAUUUUUGAAUUGCAGAUUUAACAUGUUGAUUAGUUCAGAAUGUCAUGUAGCACUUCGAAUUUCUUCUGUUCUACUUCAAUUUACAGUUUAUUUUUUAUAUUUUAUUAUGCAGUAUUUUGUUUUUCUCAAUUUUUCGCGCGUUUUCAAGAAUUCUAGAUUUAUGUGUGGAAACAUAAACAUAGUAAAGGAGCGUAACAUAAUAAAGGAGAUGAAAUAUAAUGGUCAAUAGUUUUUAACUAAAAUUAGCAAAUGCACAAGUUAUUGUACAAAAUCGUUCCAUAUGUUAGAAAUAUAAAAUAAGCUGCUUAGCUUCUAUUCCUAUUAUUAUUCUGAAGAAAAUUCCUGUAAAUAACAAUGUCUAUAUUUGUGAAGAAAGCAUUUCAUUCAAGAUGUGCAAGAAUCCAGUUUCCAAAAUGUGUUUCGUGCUUGAUACAUCAUGGUAUUUCCUCACACUUUCAGUUUUUAUCCUUAUCAUUGCAAAAUAGUAUGGAAUACAGCUAUCGAAAUUUUUCACGACUUCCUAAAUGGUUCAGAAUGGAGAAAAAUAAAUAUGAUAUUGUAGAUAUUGGUGACGUUGGGCCAAAAAGAAAAAUUCCUAGGCACAUUGAAAAGCCUAGUUAUGCUGAAACUGGAGUGGAUGAAGAGGCUGAUGACUAUAUUGAAAUACUAGAUGAAAAUAAGUUGAAGAAAAUGAGGCAGUCUUGUGCUUUGGCAAAAUUAGUUUUGGAAGAAAUAGGGAGACAUAUUGGAGUUGGAGUCACAACUGAUGAGCUAGACUGUGUUGCCCAUACUUUAUGUAUUAGUUAUGGAGCUUAUCCAUCUCCUUUAAAUUAUAGAGGCUUUCCAAAAUCUAUUUGUACAUCUGUGAAUAACAUUGCUUGCCAUGGUAUCCCUGAUGAUAGAAAAUUGAAAGAUGGAGAUAUUAUAAGCGUCGACGUUAGUGUUUUCUACAAUGGUUUCCAUGGUGACUGUGCUUCUACCUUCUGUGUUGGCAAUGUUGAUACCAAGGGCCAUAGACUUGUAAAAGUUGCAUCUUUGUGUCUUGAAGAAGCUAUUAGGAUUUGCUAUCCUGACCAAAUGCUCUGUCAAAUAGGAAAAACAAUAAGUACUGUGGCCAACUCUUAUGGAUAUUCAGUUAUACCAGCAUUUUGUGGUCAUGGCAUUGGCUCUUCCUUCCACAGUCAUCCAAAUAUUUUACAUUAUGAAAAUGAAGAACAAGGUAUAAUGUCCAAAGGAAUGAUAUUUACUAUAGAACCUGUAAUAUGUGAAGGCAAACCAGAUAUAGUCAUAUUAGAAGAUGGGUGGACUGCUGCUACUGAGGAUAAUAGCAGAAGUGCACAGUUUGAGCAUACCAUCCUUAUUACUGAAACUGCUGCUGAAAUACUUACAGUUUCAAGUGCCUUCAAAACUGCUGAUUAAGUGAUACUUAAAAACUGCUGUGAUAAAUAUAUUUUAAGUUAACAUUUCAAGUUAACUUAUUUAAAAUAUGUGUUAUCUGCUCUUGAUAAUUUUGUUAAUGUGUUUUAUAACUUGUUUUUCUUGAUAAGAAAAUUUUAUUUUUGUCAUAUUUAGUUUUGAAGCAUUUUUUGUUCUAUUCUAUCAGAAUUUAAAAAAAAAAAAAAAAAAAAAGUCAUUACCAAACUUCUGAGUUAUAUUGUUUUCAUACGAAAAAUUUGUAGUACUUUUAAUAAAGAACUUCAAUGUAGAUUUUUAUAUUUGUCAGUGUGUGCCAACAUUUUAUAUGCUAUUAAACAAACAUUAGAAGUUUCUAAAUAUAUAAUUUUUAAUGUUUAAAAAAGAUUGAACUAAAUC